CGGGAAGGCGGAGGGAUGCUGCGAGCGGCGCUGGGCCGCGUGUCGACGCUGGUGAGCUGCGCACGGCCCCGGGGGUCCGGCCUGAGGCAGUUGUGGGGGCGCAGAGCCCGCCCGGCCGUCGCAGGGAAAAGACGGGACUGGGGCUGGCGGCGCGCGAGCUCAGAGCCGGGACCCGGGGCGGCGCACUACCAGCUCGUCUACACCUGCAAGGUCUGUGGAACCCGGUCCUGCAAGCAAAUCUCCAAGCUGGCCUAUCACCAAGGUGUGGUCAUUGUGACCUGCCCUGGCUGCCAGAACCACCACAUCAUCGCAGACAACCUGGGCUGGUUCUCUGACCUGGAUGGAAAGAGGAAUAUUGAAGAAAUCCUGGCGGCCAGAGGGGAGAAGGUGCACCGAGUGGCCGGCGAUGGGGCCCUGGAGCUGGUUUUAGAGGCCGUAGGGCCCCCCAAAUCCACCGCUGCUCCGGAAGAGGAUGAGGACCAGGACCCCACCCAGCCCAGCAAGGCGGAGCCCCGCUGACCUGCCUUCCGCCCUCCAGAAGGAGGAUUCAGCCCUGGGCCUCUCGGCACUCGUCGGUUUUUGUCAAUAAACAUCAUUUGCCGAUGAUGG